UGAUUCGUUUCUCGGAUGAUUUCCGACUCCUAAACAUUUGACUUUAUUUACAUCUGUCAUUAGCGUCCGAGAUGGAAACGAAAGAUCUGCUCGGGAGGCUGCGUCAGUUCGACGCCUACCCCAAAACGCUGGAAGAUUUUCGGGUGAAAACGUACGGUGGUGCUGUAGUGACCAUUGUAAGUGGGAUUCUGAUGCUGAUCCUGUUUUUAUCAGAGCUGAACUAUUACCUCUCUAAGGAAGUGCAGCCAGAGCUAUUCGUGGACACGUCCAGGGGUCAAAAACUGAAGAUCAACAUUGAUAUCAUCUUCCCAAGAAUGCCCUGUGGCUAUUUAAGCAUAGAUGCAAUGGAUGUGUCAGGAGAACAACAAAUUGAUGUUGAUCAUAACUUAUUUAAAAAACGUCUUGAUUUGGAUGGAAAUCCUAUCGAUGACAGACUUCAUAAAGAAGGACUUGGAGAUAAAUCCAAGCAGUUUGUGGAGGCUGUCAAAAAAGAUUUAGAUCCAGAUCGUUGUGAAAGUUGUUACGGGGCUGAAACUGUUGAUAAAAAAUGUUGUAACACUUGUGAGGAGGUACGAGAGGCGUACAGGAAAAAAGGCUGGGCGUUUAACAACCCCGAUGGAAUAGAGCAGUGUGACCGAGAAGGCUGGAGUGACAAAAUGAUGUCACAGAAAAAUGAGGGGUGUCAAGUUAUGGGCUACCUACAAGUCAAUAAGGUUGCAGGAAAUUUCCAUUUUGCACCUGGUAAGAGUUUUCAGCAGCAUCAUGUUCAUGUGCACGAUCUUCAAGCUUUUGCAGGGCAAAAGUUCAACAUCACGCACAAAAUCAACCACCUGUCUUUUGGGAAGGAUUACCCGGGCAUUGUGAAUCCUCUAGAUGGACUAAAUGUGAAGGCCACUGAAGUACAAAUGAUGUACCAGUACUUUGUGAAAGUUGUUCCAACAACAUACGUCAAGACAACAGGACAGACAUUGUACACAAAUCAGUUUUCUGUGACAAAGCACUCAAAAGUUGUAUCUCAUUCUUCGGGCGAGUCAGGAUUGCCUGGAGUGUUUUUCAUGUACGAGUUGUCUCCAAUGAUGGUGAAGUAUACAGAAAAACAGAGGUCCUUCAUGCACUUUUUAACUGGAGUCUGUGCGAUAGUUGGAGGUAUAUUUACAGUGGCGGGCCUGGUGGAUUCCAUGGUGUAUCAUUCAGCGAGGGCAAUUCAGCAGAAGAUAGACCUGGGCAAAGCGUCAUGACCCUGAUACCUGGAUAAUUUACCUGUAAUAAACAACUCCUUUCAUCUCUGUUACUGUUUUCAUGGCACCUGGAUUUUGUCUCAAGUCAAUAAUUACUGCUUGCUGGUUUGAUGCAUCUCUGUUUUUAUGAACUGUUUCAGCUAACAUGUUUAACCAUCUGCUUCCCAGGAAGGCUCACCGAGAUAUAUUAUAUACAUAUAGUUAUGUGGUAGUUGGCAAAGUUUGCACGAAACCCCAUAUCUAGUAACUGCUGCCGGAGACCUCAUGCAUGAAACCUCAUGUUUAGUGACUGCUGCCGGAAGCCUCAGG